ACGUCAAAGCCCCGCCCUCUCGAUGGCACGUGACCGCCCUCUUCUCUUUUUAAAGUUUUAACAUGGCUCCAUAGUAAAGUACAAACUGCGGGUGAUGGGAAUCUUAUGGUUUAUAAUGUUUGAGCGUUUGUGGGAAUGGAUGAGUUCGACCCAAGCGCUGGAUAUUUUCUCUGGCAUCAUUACAUACAUGAUUAUACAAUGCCAAACCCCGGCUAGAGCAUGAAUCGGAUUUAGUAAACAGCUGAAGAUUCCUCAGAUUGUGCUUCGUGCUGGUACAUGAGAGCCGUGUUAAAGGAUGGUUAUGAGCUGCAGAUCAUGGAGCAGGUGAAUGGCAGCGGGAGGAGAGUGGAGGACGACCACAAGCUUAUCAGAGCCCCCGCGACUGCAGCUCAGUCUGGGGGAGGAAGCGCUUACAGCCAGGAUGGUUCCUCGAGGUUUGUCUACGUUCUCUCGUUCUUCUCCGCCCUGGGCGGCUUCCUGUUCGGCUACGACACCGGGGUGGUAUCCGGAGCCAUGCUUCUGCUCAAGAAAGAGAUGAACCUGAGCGCGUUUUGGCAGGAGCUGCUUGUCUCCAGCACUGUGGGAGCAGCAGCGUUGUCAGCUCUAGCAGGCGGUUUCCUGAACGGGGUGUACGGCCGCCGGAAGUGCAUUAUGCUGGCCAGCUUCAUUUUUACUGUAGGAGGGAUCAUUUUGAGCGUGGCACCUGAUAAAGUAGUUCUCCUUAUUGGGAGGCUUACUGUUGGUAUUGGUAUAGGAAUAGCAUCUAUGACCGUGCCCGUGUACAUCGCUGAAAUGUCUCCUCCUCAGCUCCGAGGUCAGCUGGUCACCAUCAACACUCUGUUCAUCACAGGUGGUCAGUUCAUAGCCAGUGUGGUGGAUGGAGCCUUCAGUUACAUGGAGCACAAUGGCUGGAGGUAUAUGCUGGGGCUGUCUGUAGUCCCUGCUAUCCUGCAGUUUUUAGGAUUCUUCUUCCUCUUGCCUGAGAGUCCUCGCUGGCUCCUGCAAAAAGGCAAUUCUCAACAGGCCCUCAAGGUGCUCGCACAGAUCCGGGCCACAGAGAGCGUGAAUGAAGAGUACGACAGUAUCAAGGCCAUGGUUGAAGAGGAGGAAAAGCAAACCGGAGAAGGACCGGUUCUGUGCCGUAUCCUGGCCUGUGCUACUGCUCGAAGAGCUCUCAUUGUGGGAUGUGGCCUUCAGAUGUUCCAGCAGCUCUCUGGAAUUAACACUGUAAUGUACUACAGUGCUACAAUUUUGCAGAUGGCAGGAGUACGAGAUGAUAAGACUGCCAUCUGGCUUUCAGCUGCUACAGCGUUCACCAAUUUUCUGUUUACACUGGUGGGCGUUUGGCUGGUGGAACGGGUGGGCCGCAGAAAGCUGACUCUGGGCAGCAUUGUUGGUACUAGUGUUAGUCUCUCUGUCUUGGCUGUGGGAUUCCUACUUUCUGCUCAGGCCUCUCCUCCAGUGAACCCUCUUGACCCCACUGCUCCUAACUCAACAUGCUCACACUAUGGAUUUUGUGAACAAUGUAUGCUGGAUCCAAACUGUGGCUUUUGUUACUAUGACAAAGGCUCAAAUAUAUCAGACACUUCCUGUGUACCAGCUGAUCCAGCGAACACGGAGCAAGCAGCAUAUGGCAGGUGCUCCAAUGCUACGCAAGUAAACCCAAAUGCAUUGUGGGCCUAUAAUUAUUGCCCGACCUCCUAUUCCUGGGUAGUAUUGCUGGGUCUCAUCCUUUACCUGGCAUUCUUUGCUCCAGGGAUGGGUCCCAUGCCAUGGACAGUGAAUUCUGAGAUUUAUCCACUGUGGGCUCGGAGCACAGGCAAUGCCUGCUCUGCUGGUGUCAACUGGAUGUUCAAUGUCCUGGUGUCUCUGACAUUCCUUCAUGUGGCACAGUACCUCACAUAUUAUGGUGCGUUUUUCCUGUACACUGGCCUGGCUGUGCUUGGCUUCCUGUUUGUGCUGGGCUGCCUACCAGAGACCAAGGGUCUCAUGUUGGAGGACAUGGAAACUCUGUUUAACAGGACACUUUGCACUUGUGGUGUGCUGGGUGACGAACGCACACAUUACACCAGGCAUCGUAUGGAUUUGGGAAAGGUUCAUUAUGGUACACUGGAACCUGAGGAAGGAAUUGCUUACAUUUCAGUAAGUACUUUAAAUAAUUAUGAGCUUUUUUUUAAGCUCGUAAUUUUAUGUUUACAAGUUAAUAAAUUUUUUAUUGUGAAUAAAGAACUAGAACAUUUGUAUAAAAAUAUAUUCUAGAAUUAUAUUUGUUACAAAUAUUUUAUUUGUGUCUUCUGCUGCAGCUGCAAUAAUGGUUCAGUACCUGGAUUUGGACUUUUGAGAUCAAAAUCAGUGAACUGUCACUUUAUUAUAAUGCACAUAUACAGUAUAUACAUACAUUUAAAAAAAAGAGUCAAAAUGGGUAUUGGUAUAAUCUAUCUAAAGCUAGAAGCUCUACAUUCACAAACAGACUUCUAGUUUCUGGAAUAAAAUCACUACAAGUGUUUGAUUUAUUAAUAUAGUAAUUAUAAUAUAGAGGUGGAGAAAAUAAAAUUGGUUUUGAAGGAACUAUAUAUAUAUUUCAUUAUGUUGAUGAUUACAUUUUAUGUUUGAUUAAUGGAUUCCAAAAGGAAUAUAAUGGACAGUCCUAUACAUUUUUCAAAUUCUGGAAAUAAAAUGCAUAUACAGUAUGUAUAUUGUAUAUUUUGGAAAAAUAUUAAUAAUGAUCUGACCAUUGGUUUUCUGCAAUGUCUUUAUACUCUGCUAGAGUACAUUAAACCCUGUGUUAAACCCCAGUGUUUAACACCGGGGAUAAGGAUAUAGCAAAAACAAAAUUCAAGUCUGCAGGAUAAAUUCUCUCAUAUCAAUCCAUUAAUGUAACUACUUUGUACUGUGUUCUUUUUCUAAUGAAUAAAAUUUGUGAGAACCUCA